ACCACAGAUAAUACUUCUUAUUUCAUAACUCCCUAUAUUCAUAACUCACAAUUUUUGCAUAUUGUAUGAAUUCAUUUGUUUAUUAUUAUAGUUUCUGUGAUUUUAUUGCUUUUGCUUAAAGAGCUAAUUAAUGACUAAUUUAUUGUAAUUUCAACUUUCUAAUACACUAAUCUCCUUACAACUGUUCAGUAACACUACCGACUUGUAUUUAAUAAAUUAUUCAUUUAGGUUUUUGAACAUUUGAUUUUAUUCGUAUAACACUAUCGUUGAAGUUGUUCAUAUAAUUUAUACAAGUUCUAUUCUUGUAAAAUGAGCGAAGGAUAUAAACCUUACACGCCUGGAUGGAAUGAUCCACCCUCAUAUUCAUUUGAAGACACAGUGAGUGCUCAACAUGAAAACCGGCCUAAAAUAUUUGAUAGAAUACCUGCACGAGUCUUUCCAAAUACUCCUAUCGUACAGUCAAAUAACAAUCAAAUACCCUUAGACAAUGAUGUGGUUUCCAAUGAAAAUUGUGAUGAUACUUCAAAAAUCCCUGCAGUUUCAUCAUUGGUAUUAUGUGAUAUUCCUGUGGAAGAACGCUUAUCGUAUGUGAUGACAUCUCUGAAUGAUUCAAUCCAAAAAUCAACAUUACCAGAUUCCAAGAAAGUAGAUAUUAGUAAACGAUUGUCAAGACUGGAAAUCAGUUGGAAAGAUAGUCAAUUUACAGACAUAGUACAACAAAAAACUAUCGCAUUAGUUAAAGCAAUCAAAAUCAACGAUUAUGCUGAAGCAAAUAGACUACAAAUGGCAUUGAUGGUUGACCACACACGUCAGUGCAACACUUGGAUACCGGCAAUUCGACAACUAAUUAAUCAGCAUACCUAAAUUUAUCAAGGACAUAUUAUUAAUUAAGUUAAUAUAUCUAUAAAUUUAUGUUCAAUAAUUAUAUAUUCAUGAUAUAUAUGUAUUAAA